AAACAAAAUCAACCACCGCCUCCGCUCUCCAGAUCUGAAACCAUCGUCUCCCGAUUCUCCCUCACUCUCUUUUUCCAGGGAGUCUUUUUUCUUCGCCGUGAAAAUGGAAUCUCGAAGGAAAUCUCUUUCGCUCCCCGGAUCGGCGAUGAUCGCCGCGGUUCUCCUCAUUCUGAUCCACGGCGCUCACUGCUUCUACCUGCCUGGCGUCGCGCCUCAGGACUUCUUUAAGGGUGAUCCAUUGAAAGUGAAGGUUAAUAAAUUGACUUCUACAAAGACACAGCUUCCUUACUCGUAUUACUCUCUUCCUUAUCGUAGGCCGGACAACAUAGUGGACAGUGCAGAGAAUCUUGGGGAAGUACUUCGUGGAGACCGUAUUGAGAACUCUCCUUAUGUGUUUAAAAUGCGAGAACCACAAAUGUGCAAUGUUGUUGGCCGGAUUACUCUUGAUGCUAAAACUACAAAGGCUUUCAAAGAGAAGAUUGAUGAUGAGUAUAGAGUCAACAUGAUCCUUGAUAACCUUCCCCUGGUUGUUCCCAUAAAAAGGCCUGAUCAAGAAUCUCUUACUCUUUACCAGCUUGGCUAUCAUGUUGGACUCAAAGGCAGAUAUUCUGGGACCAAGGAGGAAAAGUAUUUCAUCCAUAACCAUUUGGCUUUUACUGUCAAGUUUCAUAGAGAUCCACAGACUGAGACUGCAAGGAUUGUGGGGUUUGAGGUUAGACCAUUCAGUAUUAAACAUCAAUAUGAGGGGAACUGGAAUGAGAAGACUCGUUUAACGACAUGUGACCCCCAUGCUAAGCACACAGUUACGAAUUCCAACACUCCCCAAGAAGUUGAAGACAAGAAGGAAAUUAUUUUCACAUAUGAUGUUGAAUUCCAGGAGAGUGAUGUGAAGUGGGCAUCUAGAUGGGAUGCAUAUCUUUUAAUGAAUGACGACCAAAUACACUGGUUCUCAAUUGUUAAUUCUUUAAUGAUUGUUCUCUUCCUCUCUGGCAUGGUGGCAAUGAUUAUGCUACGAACACUUUACCGUGAUAUUUCAAAGUAUAAUGAACUUGAGACCCAGGAAGAAGCCCAAGAGGAGACAGGUUGGAAGCUUGUCCAUGGUGAUGUUUUCAGGCCUCCAUCAAAUUCUGAUCUACUCUGUAUCUAUGUCGGAACUGGUGUUCAGUUUUUUGGGAUGGUACUUGUUACCAUGAUCUUUGCUAUCCUUGGAUUCCUUUCCCCUUCAAACCGAGGUGGUCUUAUGACAGCUAUGCUAUUACUUUGGGUUUUUAUGGGCCUUUUUGCUGGUUAUGCCUCUGCCCGUCUAUACAAAAUGUUUAAAGGGGCAGAAUGGAAGAGAAUUGCUCUCAGGACUGCGUGUAUGUUCCCAGCCAUUGUCUUCGCUAUCUUUUUCGUCUUGAAUGCUCUCAUCUGGGGCCAGAAGUCAUCUGGGGCAGUACCAUUCGGGACAAUGUUUGCUCUGGUCCUGUUAUGGUUUGGAAUUUCUGUACCACUGGUGUUUGUUGGCAGCUAUAUUGGGUUCAGGAAGCCAGCAAUUGAGGAUCCUGUGAAGACAAAUAAGAUUCCAAGGCAGAUCCCUGAACAAGCUUGGUAUAUGAACCCGAUUUUCUCUGUUUUGAUCGGAGGAAUUCUUCCAUUUGGAGCUGUUUUCAUUGAACUCUUCUUCAUUCUGACCUCAAUCUGGCUGAAUCAGUUCUACUACAUCUUCGGCUUCCUCUUCUUGGUGUUCAUUAUCCUCCUAAUCACUUGUGCUGAAAUAACCGUUGUGCUUUGCUACUUCCAGUUGUGUAGUGAGGACUACCUGUGGUGGUGGAGGUCAUACCUUACAUCAGGCUCUUCAGCAUUAUACCUCUUCCUCUAUGCCACGUUCUACUUCUUCACCAAGCUUGAGAUCACUAAACUGGUUUCCGGGAUGCUGUACUUCGGUUACAUGCUCAUAGCUUCGUAUGCAUUCUUUGUGGUCACAGGUACCAUUGGAUUCUAUGCGUGUUUUUGGUUCACCAGGCUCAUCUAUUCCUCAGUCAAGAUUGAUUAAUUUGUAUUACCAGAUAUGCUAGCUGGUCUUUCUCUUCGACAAAAAUUGUCCUAGUUUAAUAUUCAAAGUCUACAUAUAUUAUUAAGCAUAGCUGUAAACUUUAAUUUUCAAUUUUGAACUGGAUUCAUUUUUAUAUUUUUCUGAUGAAGCAUACGUUUCUGAUGUACGUGGUUGGGGUGCCUGUUCUGAUUCUUCCAUUGAGUAUUCUUUUCUGUAUUCUUUGAAAUUGGAAU